CCACUGAGUUUUCCCUCCCAGUCAUACACCUGAGGAGAGCAGAGUCUGGACUGAAGGUUUAUACUGUAUUUUUCUGACUCAGGAGUUUAUCCACAGAGCUCUGAGGAUGCCAUUUCAGUCCAUUCCCAUUCUAGAGAUCUUCCUUGGCAUCCUGGGCUUCGGGCUCUCCAUCAUGUUCUGCACGACCCUCUGCAGGGUGUGCAGUCGCUAUAGAGAGGAGCAGAUAGAAAGGGAGGUGUUGCGACGCAGUGAGCAGGAGGGACGUCCUCCUCCGAUAUAUUUUAUCCCCUUUCAUGGAAGCUUGUCACAGGAUGGCGAAGACCACCCCAGGGUGCCUCGAUACAGCCAAGAGAUCCACGCACCACCACGAUAUAGCAAUGCUGUCUACUGUGGGCCCCCACCUUCAUAUAACGAGCUAGGAUUUAAGCCUGAAGAUCUUCCCCCUGAUUACACAGAGUACAGUGUUCCUGUCACACCUGUGUAUCCCAUCACACCUCCACCUCACACAGAUAUGGUUCAACCACAAACACAGUCUCAGCAAUAAGCCAGGACCUGUGUUGACCUUAAGGACAGUGUUGAUCACUGAACUGCCUCAUGGACUAAAGUGAGCUGACACUGGAGUUUCUAAUGUUUCCAUGAUAUUUUUUUAUUAUGGUAAUGAAUGUGAUGAUGGCACAGACGGGAUAAAAACUGCAAAAAUGGCACAAUGUGUGACACCAUGACGCUCAUUCUCCAAGCCACUGAAGCACUCAUGACCUGAAACAGAUUUUAUGUGUCUCUGUAUGUUGAUUGUUAAAAUGGGAUCCAUGCACAUCUUUUUGUUGAGGUUUUGCUUUGAUCCUAAUUGUUUGCAUGUCUGUCUGAUGUUUCAUAAGCUGGAUCACAAAAAAACAUUGCAAAAGUAUUAAUGAAAUAAGUGUAAAUUCAGGUGCGAAUGUAAAGCCAAUUGUGCCACUGUGUGGCCUUUCAUAAAGCUUUGUUUUGUCUAAUGUCUCCUCAACCGUAUUUUCCUCCCCUGGAUUACUUUUUCUAAUGUGUACUAGUGCCUGUACAGGAUUUUAAUUAGACAUUUUCUCACAAUUUCUCAGUACUUCACAAAAUAUGGUAAAUUACAUGUUUGUCUUGCUGCUUAUUUGACUUAACUUUGUAUAAUUCCUAAAUGCAUGGUUAAUUUUAUUCAAAUUGAGAUUAUGCAUAUUGCAUUUUGACAUUAGGUGGUACAAAAACGUGAUUAACUGAAAAGGCCAAAAUGAAGUGGCCAAAAUGACUCACUUCAUUUGGUGACAAACUUCAUCCCCGUACAAAACACAAAUAUUCAUACAGGAUUUGCCAAAAAUCAUAAAAACGGUGUAUUAAUAUGUGUAUUUUACUGUAAUUCCAGAUGCUGAGUGAAUGUUUACUUUCAUUAAAACUAAAAGUU